AUGUGGUUUGAAGAGGAAAUGGUGACAGAUGUGAUUAGCAGUACCACCUUAACACCUGUUCAUUCAGAAGCGAGGCCUGCUGGCUCCCAGACCAUCACUUUGCCUUCUUCCUUGGAACCGCACCAGCCCUUCCAGGUCAUCAUCCGCUACACCACCAUCGAUGCGCCCGCGAUCUGGUGGUUAGAUCCGGAGCUGACGUACGGUCACGCCAAACCGUUUAUCUUCACUCAAGGCCACUCAAUAUGCAAUCGAUCUUUCUUUCCCUGUUUUGAUACGCCUGCAGUGAAGUGUACCUACUCUGCCACAGUCAAGGCUCCUGCAGGCAUGCAGGUAUUGAUGAGUGCUACUCAGAGUACCUACGAGGAACAAGAGGGUGUCUACCAGUUCUACAUGGAAUACCCAAUCCCUGCCUAUCUGGUAGCCCUUGUGGCCGGGGACCUUGUAGCUGCCGACGUGGGUCCUAGGAGCAAAGUCUGGACAGAGCCAUGCCUGCUAUCAACAGCGAUCAGCAAACUCUCGGGUAGGGUUGAGCGUUGGCUCAGUGCUGCAGAGGACCUGUAUGGACCCUACAUGUGGGGCAGGUACGACCUUGUGUUCCUUCCUCCUUCCUUCCCCAUCGUUGCCAUGGAGAAUCCUUGCCUGACUUUCAUCAUCUCGUCCAUCCUGGAGAGUGACGAGUUCCUCAUUAUCGAUGUCAUCCAUGAGGUGGCUCACAGCUGGUUUGGCAACGCAGUCACCAAUGCCACGUGGGAAGAGAUGUGGCUGAGCGAAGGGCUGGCCACGUAUGCUCAACGCCGGAUCACCACAGAGACUUACGGUGCAGCCUUUACAUGUCUGGAGACUGCCUUCCGUCUGGAUGCCCUUCACAGACAGAUGAAGCUCCUUGGGGAGGACAACCCCGUCAGCAAGCUUCAGGUUAAGUUGGAACCAGGUGUGAAUCCUAGCAAUCUGAUGAACCUCUUCACGUAUGAAAAAGGUUACUGCUUUGUUUACUACCUGUCUCAGCUCUGUGGAGACCCAACACGCUUUGAUGCCUUCCUUCGAGCCUACAUCGAGAAGUACAAGUUCACGAGCGUUGUGGCCCAAGACCUCUUGGAUUCCUUCCUGGCUUUCUUCCCAGAACUGAAAGAACAGUGCAUUGAUAGCAAAACAGGGCUGGAGUUUGAACGCUGGCUGAAUGCUACGGGGCCUCCUUUAAUUGAGCCAGACUUAUCUCAGGGAUCCAGUCUGACCCACCCGGUGGAGACGCUCUUCCAUCUCUGGACCACAGAACCUCUGGAUGCCGUGGCUGCCGCCAACAGCGUCAACAUCGCCGAGUGGCAAACCUUCCAGACGGUGCUUUUCCUGGACAGGCUCCUGGAUGGCUCGCCGCUGCCUCACGAGGUCAUAUCCAAGCUCUCCGAAUGCUACUCGGCCCAGCUGGAUGGCAUGAACGCAGAAAUCCGAAUCCGUUGGCUGCAGAUCAUUGUUCGCAAUGACUACUACCCUGACCUUCACAAAGUCCGGAGCUUCUUGGAAAACCAGAUGUCUCGGAUGUACACGAUUCCCCUGUACGAGGACCUCUGCACUGGACACUUGAAGUCCUUCGCCUUAGAAGUUUUCUACCAGACCCAAAACCAGCUGCACCCCAACUUAAGGAAGACGAUCCAGCAGAUCUUGACGCAGGGCUUGAACCCUCUGGUGGCUGCCGAGGCGACGGCUGUUGCGGCCGCAGCGACGCAGAGCCCGCCUGCUGGGCUCAAGGACAAAACUCCGGAAGCUGCCCAUGGUGCCAUUUCUCUCAGGGACGUAAACGUUUCUGCUUAGGUGUGCCAGCUUGUGCCUAGCAUUUGAAGCUGUGGGGCGGCGGAGGGGUCAAGCAAGAAGGAGGCCAUGUGAAGGAAGUAAUGUCGUCUCGCCUCUUGUGCUACCGCUGGCCCUGCUGGGGGACCGGAUUCAUGACUCCCUCUUCCUUCCCUUAUCCCGACCCCCCCUCCCCUCCACACACCCAUAUGUGCCUUCACGUGCCUGACACACUGGCACAACCAGGUAUCAGGGAUAUGUUUCCUUAUGGCUACAAGGUGGAACCAUUACGGGAUGGGGGCUCUUUUUUUUUGGAAUUGAUGCAUCGUGAGUGUAUAUUCCAGGGUCACUUUUUUCUCUCCCCCCCCCCAGCCGUUUCAGGGACUUGAUUAAUAGCUCAGCCUCCAGACACUGAAAGAGGUGGUGUGCGCCGUUGAGGAAGCAAUGAGAAGGGGGUGGGGAAAUGAUCAGGAUCGAGGUGUGGGAUGUGGUGAUUUGAAAGCAGGGACGAUGCUUUUGCAAAGAACCACCGUGUUUAUAAAAUUGAAAGGAAGGGGCAUGUGGGGUUUUUUUUUGUCCAUUUGUCCUUUUUACUGUGUGAUUCAGGAGGCAGAGAAUCUUGCUCAGCGAAAAACCUGUUGCGAAGCAGAGCCUUAAAGGUGCCGUCAAGGGUCUCAAGUGUUUGCAGACCUGGCCAUGAUUUAGCACCCUCCUGUCACCCAGUUCACUUUGAUAUCCAGACCCUGUUAAACUGCAGCCUGGCCAGAGGCCAGUGGUCUUCACCUCUGCUGCAGAUCCAAGUCUUGGCCUCUCUGAGUGCCUGACUCUGAGUCCUGAAAGCCAGUGGGGCAAAUGCCUCUUGCACAUCAAUACAUGGGGGGGCAUCUGCAGCAUGGACGGAGUCCACCAGUGCAUUUCCAAGUUGGCCAACCUCUCAUUUUAAAGGAGGCCGGCGGAAGAGAAGGUCCUGGUGGGUUCCGGCUCUUGCCCCCAGGAACACAAGAGCGAACAAAUGGGCUAAAUGUCCGAAUUAAUUUAUUUCCUUUGUGCUCCUUUCGGCUUGCAGUUUGACAAGGUCUUUAAGACAGUCUCUUGAUCAGAAAGCCUGCCUUUUCCAGGGCUACCUUCAGUAUCCUGUUGACAGCCAACAAGAAUCAUGCUCUAGGGGGUGGAGAGAAGACAGCGUGCAGUGCGUUCCCGAAACAACCCAGCCCUGUUGAAUGGAUCUUUAUUAGAUACAGGCAGAGGGAGGUCCUCUGUGUGGCACUGUUGCACCUUUCAAGGGAUGGCCUAAAGGUGAGCGUGAUGCAUCUUUUUCCUGCUCUGGGAGGGGCUGAGUUUUUAAUCCCUCCUUGAGGACCGUCUGCAAGAAACAAGAGAGCUUGAUCAUUGAACAAGAGAGGAGUAUAAGACAGCUCCCAGAGAAAAGAACAUGUUGGAAAUCGUGACAUCUUUGGGGCCAUAGGGGCUGGAUAGGAACAUGUGCGUCUGCCGUUUUGAAAGACCGUUAUCCCUGCGGCCUCCUUUACAUUUUGGGGGUAGGUGGCACACAAAUCUUUUCAGCAGUAACUUUGUAGAGCACUGGUUCCCAACUAUGGGUUCCCAGAUGUUCUUGGACUGAAACUGAGAUGCUGUCACCACUAGCUGUGCGGGCUAGGAGUUCUGGAGGUUGUCAUCUAAGAACAUCUGGGGACCCAAGAUGUUGGGAACCAGUGCUGUAAAAUGUAGAGGAGAUCUCUUGGUUUCCUGCACUUAGGACUGUGCGGAGGAUUGGCAGCACACUUCACACCUGCAUGACUCCAGUUUCAUAUGUUUCAUCCAGCUGCUGCCAAAGCAGGAAGAUGCCGUUGUGGAAUUUGCCCUGACUUGUAAUCUGAGGCCUAAGACUAUUAACCUUCCUUGGGAAUCAGUAACUCCUGGCAGCUGCACCACGUUCGGGACAAGGCAAGGAGGAAGGGAUUUGGACGGAAGCCCCCGUGCAAAAAACAGUUUACAGCUGUGGGUGGAGAGGAGAUCCCUGCUGUCAUCUUCAAUGUUUCCCUUUCUUCUGAUCUCAACAUUUUUUGACUAUUUUCGUUCCACGUUAGUCUGCUUCAGAUGAAAUGGGAAAGCUGCAGUAAACAUGGGCCUCAGAGAGAUGUCUCAUUGACAUUGAAAUAUUUAAGAAUUUCGGCAAGUUCUGCUCUUCCACAAAUGAGAACUUAGUUAAGUGAGGAAUAGGAUGUAUCCCCCCACUGCAAUCCAGCAAGUAUGUCUUGCUGUUUAUUUUGCAUGCAGCACCUUUUGACACCACUUCAUGUCUGGCAGAGGACCCCCCCUCCCCAAACCACUAGCCUGGUCUUCCUGCCACCACAGGCCUCUAUUUUAAUUGCAUUUUAUUUUUUUUUCUGGGAGAAUGUAUGGGGAUUCCUUUUAAAUGUUAUAUUGAUGCCUUACAAUAACAUCACUGAUAAAUGUUGAAUUAAACUAUCGGACUUGUGACUUUCA